CGAACGUUGGCACGGAAAGACUGGAAAGAGAGCGUCUAAAGCUACGCACGUUGAAGAAGGUUAGAAUCAUGAGUCACCGGGGAACCGGACGAAAGCAAGAUGAGAGGCAGAGGAAAAGGGGACACGAGAGGGGACACGAAAGGGGGAGAGGACAGGCUGGUUGAAAGUCGAGCGAUCGGUGAUUCGAGUGGCGAAAAAAGAGACGCUGACAAGGCUCGUUCCGACCGUUUAUUUCUAUAUCUACCGUCGGUGGAUUUACAUAAGGAUCAAUGUCGCCUAUUCCUCCGGUUCUGAUGCUGUGGCUUCUGCUGGUGUCGCUGCCGCUGCCGCCGGCGGAAGCCGGCGAAAUGAUGGAUCUCUUUGCUCUGAUACGGGGAACGCUUAAAUAUUGGCGUAGAAUCUAUCAGAUGUACGAGGAGGAAGUGGCUCUCGGCUAUUGUUGGGCGGAGUACUUUCUGCAUCACGAGGAGCACGCGACAAAUGCCACGAUCCCGUCGUCCCAGUCGAUCGACCCGUCGAAUUUUCUACCAGCGGAGAACGACGGUUUUGAAAAAGAGCACUGGAACCAUUGGGGGGUUAUUGCGAUAGAAAACCGCGGGCCACAUUAUCGUAGCAAACGAUCUUACGCGAUACAGAGUUCUACGAAGAAAGAAGGAAUGUUGGACACAUUAAGAAAUUCUAAGACAAUGUACUCGCGCACAAAGCAAAAGUAUAAGUCGAGAUGGAACGGACUCGAAUCGAAUUUCAGACGUAACGGGAACAAUCGUUCCACGAGUUGCGCGAACUUUCCCAAGAAUGCAGAAAGGAAACUUGCCGUUUUAACGGCGGGCAGCGGCAAAGAAACGCUAAGAUCUACGAAGGAAAGAGGAAUUUCGAAGACUCGGCAGAAGAAUUAUGGCCCGUGCUCGAAAAACAUGGAAAACGUUGCGUUUCAAUCGAAUAACUUAUCCGAAUUGAGAUCGAAUUCGAGAUUCGCCGAGGUCUCGAGUAAUUUGGCAAAUCGUACGAGGAUAGACAGUAGAGGAUAUGAUCGUAAUAAGCGAUCCUAUAGGACGCACAAUUUUAAGAAGAAAGAUGAAAUUUCGAAAAUCUUAAACAAGCACGUUCGUGCAUCGUCAAAAGAUUGGAUUCGAUCGAUCGAAUUUCCUAUCGAUACGCGAGAAUAUAGCUAUAGCGAGCGUUCUCGCGAAACGCUGAAUUCAACGAGGGAAAAGGAGAUUUUGGAGGAUAUCGGUGCGAGGGACGCGACUCCUAUUGAGAAAUCUGUACACAUAGUUCCGAAUGUGAGUCUAGGAUCCAGCGUGGCAGAGUUCGAGUGGAAUAGAAAAAAUUCGAUUUCUAGAUCUGCCACGAACAACGGUCCUGCGAACUUCGGUAUGAAAUCGGUAGCUUCGAAACUAAUUUCCAAGGUUUCGCGCAAGAAUUCAAAGACCACCGAAUGGAACGUUUCCGUUAAAAAGUCCGCGACUUUCGAUACGCAUUCGAGAACCGACGAAGCAAAACUGGAAGCAAACGUGAAAACUCGGAAUCCUGAGAACGACGAUCCCGUAAAGUACGAAAGAUUUCCUAGGAAUGCACCGCGUCGUAGUAGACGUUUCUCUGAAAUAUCGAACUCCGUAGAUGCGAAUAUCGAGGAAACGUCGAAGAUCGCUGGCAAUGCCUUUGCUCGAGAACUCGCAAGUUGGAAUACACGGUCGAAAACUAGCAAGACGAAGUUUAAAUCGAACGAGUUAUGCUCGAGUUCCAGAUGGAAGGAUAUCGAUCUUGUAACCGAUCGGAUCGAAGAGGCAUUUUCCAAAGAUACGCAGCACGAUUACUCCGCCCUCGCGAACAAACGCGGUUUCAUCGAACCGUCCUACUUGGUUCGAAACUCGAACGUGAACAAAUUUUCAAAUGCUUCAAAGAGUGGCAUUUUCGAAGGAAGAAAGGAAAAAAAGCUGGCCGUCGAAGAUCAAACUUCCGACGUACGCUGGAAAACCAGCAAAGUGAAAGUUUGGUCGAACGAGCGAAGAAACGCUGUUGGCUGUGAUUCGAGAUCGAUAAACUGUGUCUGUCAGAAAGGUAUUUGGCUUGCAAUCGUGGACGAUGUCGGAGGAGUCUCGUUGCUCGUUCCAUCUUCGUCGACGAAAGAACAACCAGAGAAUCGGGAGGAUCGCUCGUCCCCGAGGGAGAAAACGGAGAAGAUGGCGCGGAUGGACGCGGAAUUUAAAAGAACUCGAGCAGAAGGCGAUCUUAGCAGAAAGUCGGAGAAUCUCCGAGUGGAUAGGCGCCGUAAACUUCUAUUCUCGAAGACGAAUCGUGUUACUUCCGGUACGCUCUCGCGACUACAGCCAUCGAAACGAUCUCGUUCGUUGCCUCUCGGAGAGAUCGCGUCGUUGAAUCGAAGAUUUAAGAACACCGAGACGAGCAAGCGAGUCGAUAAUAGUAGGAAACCGAGCGAUGUUUUCCGCCUGAGAAACUUCGGUCCGUCGAAUCUCGCGUUUCGAAAUACGGAACAACGGCCGGGCACUUGGUGGGACAAUUACCAGCGAAAUUUACGUCGUAAACGUGACGCAAAUGAUCGGACAAGAAGCCGACUCGUUCGGCCUCCGUCGAAAAGCAAACGUGCCUCUUUCUAUAACCCGAUGACUCUGCGUGAAAUUGCGAGAUUCGGCGCGAGGUACGCGACGUCCAACUACGAUGUUUGGACGAACGGCGUCAAAAAUCUAUCGAGAAGCGAGGAAGGAUCGUGGGGAGGAAACGCGAAAGAGUUGUAUCCGAAGGAAACGGUAUAUCGUUCGAAGCGAUACCAAGAUAGCGGUCUAGCGACAAGCCGCGAAUCACCCAUUGUCGUGGAACAAGCUGAAAACGGUCUCUUUCGCGUAAAAUCGGAGAGCAAAAAUUGGAAAUGGUUGCAAAGUCGAAAAGAAUGGAACAGCUCGAAACGAUCGUCAACUACGAACGAUAAUAAUCGGUAUCGAAGGAACGAGCACGGUUACAUCGUUGAGACGUCGGUUACCGAACGAACGGGGAAAAAGUCAGCUGCUCGAUAUCCCGAGGGAGGUCCCUCGUUGCUUCCCGUCACCUACCGACGAUUUAUGGGGGAUUACGGCAGUCGAUCGUCGAGGACUAAGGAUCAAGGUCGACGAUCCUCGAUGGCAAAAGUCGAGACACGUGAAACGAAUAGAGCGCACGACACGCUUUUCUAUUUUCGCCAAGUGUUUAUGGGUUUUUUAAGGACCUUGGGAUUCUUCAUGAACGUGGGUAGACAGCUGAUGGAUUACGUGGACUCGAACAGCGUGCUUGCUUGCACCAAGGACUAUUUACUGGGCAAGGCUAUUCAUUGGAUAGAUUCGUGAAUCGCUGAUUCGAAGCGAAAGAGAGAAACGGAGAUGGUUUCUAUCGCCGGACUACUGGAAAGUAGAGCGGGUAUAAAUGGCCAAGCGAAUACGGCUUUAGACGUUAGAUACCAGGUCGGUAAAUGGAUUUACUAAGGUGAGUCACGACCGUUUGCUUAAUUUCAGUUGUAUUUUAUAGAUCGACCAUCUUACUUAGGUAAUGUUAUUCGCGCGAAUCAAACUUUAUCGUAUUCGCGGAAAGAUGGAACGAGCAUACCGAGUUCGAUAGAUUUUCCUUCAAAGAACGAAAUACCCGAGUACUUUGCGCAUACAUUUUAUGACUCACCUUAGUUACGGCGUUUUAUUUACCAGCUGCUUCUUUAUAAAGCAUUUUAAAACAAUGGAUAUGUAAGGAAUCCGUUACAUUGCCGCGGUAGUAGCUUUCAUCGUACCAUGUACGAUCGCUGCG